AUGGGCUCCAUCAACUAUGACGACUCGGAUGUGCUCGACGUGCUCAUCGUCGGUGCCGGUAUCUCGGGUAUCAACGCCGCCUACCGUCUCCACGACGAGCUUCCCGACAAGAAGUACUUGAUUCUCGAGAACCGAGAGCAGCUCGGUGGCACCUGGGAUCUCUUCAAGUACCCCGGUAUUCGAUCCGACUCGGACCUUCACACUUUCGGUUACGCCUUCAAGGAGUGGACCGGUGCCGACAUUGCUGGCGGUGCCGAGAUCCUCGCCUACCUCAAGAAGGUCGCCGAGGACAACGGAAUUGCUGAGAGGAUCCGAUACAAGUCCAAGGUCGAGGCAGCUGACUGGUCCACCGAGGAGCGAUGCUGGUUCGUCACCGUCAACCAGGAUGGCGAGCAGAAGAACUACCGCGCCCGCUUCCUCUACACCUGCACCGGCUACUACGACUACAACAAGGUCCUCCACGCAGAGAUCCCUGGUAUCAAGAACUUCAAGGGCAAGGUCGUCCACCCGCAGUUCUGGGACCUCAAGGAGGACGACUACCGCGGCAAGCGUGUAGCCGUCAUUGGCUCCGGUGCCACUGCCAUCACCCUAAUCCCCUCCAUGGCCAACGUCACCAAGGACAUCACCCUCGUCCAGCGUUCGCCUACCUACAUUCUCUCGCUCGAAAAGUACGACCCCAUCGCCAAAGUCAUCCGCGCCAUCUUGCCAAAGAGGAUGGCCGCGUUUGUCAUUCGCCAGAAGAACAUCGCGCGCAUCUACGCCUCGUUCCACAUCUUCCGUACCUUCCCCGGUGUCGCCAAGGCAAUCCUUGGCCGUCUCACCAAGAGCCAGCUUCCUAGCGAUAUCCCGCUCGACCCCCACUUCAAGCCCAACUACAACCCAUGGGACCAGCGUCUGUGCAUCUGCCCCGACGGUGACUUCUACACGACGCUGCGCGAGGGCAAGGCGCACAUUGCCACUGGUCACAUCGACCAGGUGACGAGCAACGAGAUCAUCCUCAAGAACGGCGAGCGCAUCCCAUGCGACAUCAUCGUCACUGCUACCGGUCUCAAGCUCUCGGUUGGUGGUCACAUCAAGACGACCGUUGACAAGAAGACCGUCGACCCCAGCGAGCGCUUCGUUUGGAAGGGAAGCAUGAUCGAGGGCCUGCCCAACUACGCCCUCUCGAUCGGCUACACCAACGCCUCGUGGACCCUGGGCUCGGACUGCACCGCCCAGUACGUGGUGCGUCUGAUCAAGCACAUGGACAAGUACCACAAGAGCUCGGUCGUGCCCAAGCCCUCCAACCGAGACCAGCUCACCCAGCGUCCUUUGCUGGAUCUUAACUCGACCUACGUCAAGAAGGCCGAGAAGGACCUGCCCAAGGCCGCCACCUCGGGUCCCUGGAGGAUGCGCACCAACUACUGGUACGACCUCGUUCAAGCCAAGUACGGUGGCUACGAUGAUCUUGUUUUCGCCUAG